AGCAUUCUACACUCGUACUUCUGGCUCGAUUCUUGGCGCUAGCUUUGAAUCCAGUCGAUCUUGGGCGCUCUGACCAAGUGGUCGAAUCUUUAGAUUUGGUCUGGAUAGUCAGUGGUUUUAUUUUACUCCCACACAGUGAAUUCCGCUAUUUUUAUUGGAUUACGUGCUGUGCUGUGGUGUUUAGUUUUGUGAAAAAACUGAUUGGAUUUUUUUUUAUUUUAUUAAUUUUAUUAAUUUGGAAUUAUGGUGACUGGAGUGGGUGCUAGUAUGCCAGCGGGUGGUGCUACGGUGGGCGCUACUCCCCCGGCUGCACACGUGCCCCAGGAAGCUGGGCAACCACCUGCGCAAAUUACGACAACUACCAGAAGAACUGGGGAAAAUCGACGGAGCAAUAAACCAAUCAUGGAGAAAAGAAGAAGAGCGAGGAUCAAUAAUUGCUUGAAUGAUCUCAAGACUUUGAUUUUGGAUGCGAUGAAAAAAGACCCGGCGAGACAUUCCAAACUGGAAAAAGCGGACAUUUUGGAAAUGACAGUGAAGCACCUAGAGUCUCUCCAGCGGCAGCAAGUAGCCUUAGCAGCAGCAACAGAUCCAAGUGUCCUAAACAAAUUCCGAGCAGGGUUCAGCGAGUGUGCAGGAGAAGUGGGCAGAUUUCCAGGACUGGACGCUUCAGUGCGCCGGAGGUUGAUGUCCCACUUGGCAUCUUGCCUGGGUCCAGUAGAAAACUCGAGCAGCACUCCUCCAGGACAAACGCAACCAGUACAACCAGCGCCGACGACGACCCAGCUGCAGGUGCACAUCCUGCCGCAGGUGGACGUCUCAGCCCCCAGGAUCCAGGUCCAGCAAUCGAACGGGAUCUUCUUCACCAACGCCAACGGAACCGGACUCCAGCUAGUGCCAACGCGGCUGCCCAACGGCGACAUCGCGCUAGUUCUGCCCGCGAAUGCAAAAGCAACUCCAGUGUCUCCAGUUUCGUCUCCGGCUCCGUCCUCGCCGCUGCCCACGCUCAUCCCCAUUCCUCAGAGGACUGCCAGCACUGCGUCGGCUUCUUCCUCGGCUUCCUCCACCAGCUCCACCUCUACCUCCGCCGCCAGUCCGGUAGCUUUCGAGGCUCCGCCACCUGCCGCCUUCCGGGAGCAAACUACUUCCGCGAGCCACCGGGAUGUCGCGACCUCCCCUGCUAAUGGGUAUACAAGUGACCCAGAGUUUGAUCCGAGGGUCUACAGUCCGCCGCUUCAGAAACCUCUUGCUUUGGUUAUGAGGAAAAGCGUUGUGCCUCAGAUUGAAGGGAAACCCUGGAGGCCUUGGUAGAUUUUUCGAGGCUGCAGAGUGAAUUAGUUCUUAAUGAAAGUGAUAAUUUUGUAAGAUAGUGUUUUUUAGAGGCAUGGUUUUUUUUU